AUUCCAGUCAAUACAGCUACAGUAGCGCACAUGGAAAUGCAGCUGGUUGUCUUGCCGUGUCACCCGUGUUCGAAGCUUCCCACUGUUUACUGUUUUGUCAUUUUUCUCUUUGGAUCAAUGGCCGACUUUCAGUUAAGAUCAUUAACCCUGUUCGCCAGUGAUAUGCCGAAUAAUCAGAUUCUUUUCCUUCAAUGUAUCUUCUUUUAUUUCCCUUUGAUUUGAAUGAACUUCCUCCGUUGUCAGCAUCAGAAGCAGCAGCUUUUGAAGGUCUGCCAACACGUCCGGAACCUCCCGUAACUUCGGUCCUCUUCAAUGGACGCCGAGCUCAAAACAAUCACGACCCUGGUUUUGGACGUCUUUCAGCUGCAGACCUUUCACACCUUGCUGCUCCAACCACCGUGCAGACCGGGCAUAACACGUCACCUGCAGAAAAUGAACAUCAGACGCAGAACAAGCCAAGGUUGUCAAUGGAGGUUGUUCCAAAGGAAGGAGAUAAAGCGACAUUCAAAUGCCAUAAAGCCUCUUUUGACAUCCAUCGACGACUUCUUUCAGAUCAUUUCGUAGAGCAAAAAGUAGCAGAAAUGGCGGAUCAGCUCACCGACGAACAGAUCUCCGAGUUCAAGGAGGCGUUCAGUCUCUUCGACAAGGACGGCGACGGUUGCAUCACCACGAAGGAGCUUGGGACAGUUAUGAGGUCAUUGGGACAAAACCCAACUGAAGCUGAGCUCCAGGAUAUGAUAAAUGAGGUAGAUGCUGAUGGUAAUGGAACUAUUGACUUCCCAGAAUUUUUAAAUCUAAUGGCGAAGAAGAUGAAAGACACCGAUUCUGAGGAGGAGCUGAAGGAGGCAUUCAGGGUUUUCGACAAGGACCAGAACGGUUUCAUCUCCGCUGCUGAGCUACGCCACGUGAUGACUAAUCUCGGGGAAAAGCUUACAGAUGAGGAAGUUGACGAGAUGAUUCGAGAGGCCGACGUCGACGGUGAUGGGCAGAUCAACUACGAGGAGUUUGUCAAGGUUAUGAUGGCCAAGUAAUGACUCAUUUCUUUCCUUUCCUCCCUUCCCAAUAUAAAACUUUCUAGGUUCUACAUGCUUGACCAUUUGGAAUGAAGGCCUAAAACUUUGAUGGGGUGGAUGGUUCAGCUAAUAUAAUGCAUAUCUAUUUAUUUUUUUUCCUUUUUAUUUUCUAGUAUUUUGAGUGGUUUGUUGGUUGGACUUUGAAUCACAGUAUUAUUUUUCCCACGGCAAUGGGUUGUGGAUAAGACUCUUUAUCCCCCUCCCUUUGGUGACGUGUCUUGUUUUUGAACUUAUUGAUUGGUGUCACGUUUGUAAAUUUCUCUGCCGGGCAGACUUGCUUUAUGAACCGUGCUAAUCGAGUUUCUUCU